AUGGUCAUGUGCAUGAUCACAUCUGGUGCUCUCGAUCUGCCUUACCUGUGUUGCGGUGGAUGUGGACGUAGAAAGAGAGAAGCAACGAAUCUCCUUACCGCUGGCGGCAAAAAAUGCAAUAGUGAAGAGCUUCAGACCAUUUUGCGAGAAAAUGUGAAAAACGAUGUGAAUAGCAGCAUUGUAUCUAUUCGCGAAAAAAUGGCAAAUUUCCACGACUACGCUCUGGUGUGCGAUGACAAAAAACUUGAAUUCAUCGUUGAAGCCGAUGAUUAUUGCCAGCAUCAAUCUGAGAACGUCUUCUGCGCUGUAUUCACAAUCAAAAGCUCAGUGGAUAAAUUCUUCGAGGAACCAGCUCCAGCAGCUCCAGCAGCUUCUGCUCCUUCCUUUUCUGCAGAGAAAAGUGCCACAAUAACGAAGACAAUAGUAAGCUCCAGCGCAGCUAUUAUUCCUGGAACUCCGGUGGCAGGAAUAGACGAAGGGAAGAAAGAUGACGCAAAGCCAGAGAUCAACAAGAAUUGA